ACCCGGAGCCGCCCGCGUCUAGCGCCGGAUCGGUGCGCCAUGGAGCUCCGGGGCCCCAGGGCGCCGCUGCCGCUGCUGCUGCUGCUGCUGCUGGAGACCGGCCUCCUGCCUGUGAGCAGGCCUGCAGAGACCCGGGCCCAUGCGGAGGAGCGGCUCCUGAAGGCACUCUUCUCUGGCUACAACAAGUGGUCCCGCCCGGUGGCCAACAUCUCAGAUGUGGUCCUGGUCCGCUUUGGCCUAUCCAUUGCCCAGCUCAUUGACGUGGAUGAGAAGAACCAGAUGAUGACCACGAACGUGUGGGUGAAGCAGGAGUGGCAUGACUACAAGCUGCGCUGGGACCCCAGGGACUACGAGAACGUCACCUCCAUCCGCAUCCCUUCCGAGCUCAUCUGGAGGCCGGACAUUGUCCUGUACAACAAUGCGGAUGGAGACUUUGCGGUCACCCACCUUACCAAGGCCCACCUGUUCCACGACGGGCGGGUGCAGUGGACGCCCCCCGCCAUCUACAAGAGCUCCUGCAGCAUCGACGUCACCUUCUUCCCCUUCGACCAGCAGAACUGCACCAUGAAGUUCGGGUCCUGGACGUACGACAAGGCCAAGAUCGACCUGGUGAGCAUGCACAGCCGCGUGGACCAGCUGGACUUCUGGGAGAGCGGGGAGUGGGUCAUCGUGGACGCCGUGGGCACCUACAACACCAGGAAGUACGAGUGCUGCGCCGAGGUGUACCCCGACAUCACCUACGCCUUCGUCAUCCGCCGGCUGCCGCUCUUCUACACCAUCAACCUCAUCAUCCCCUGCCUGCUCAUCUCCUGCCUGACCGUGCUGGUCUUCUACCUGCCCUCCGACUGCGGCGAGAAGGUCACGCUGUGCAUCUCUGUGCUGCUCUCGCUGACCGUCUUCCUGCUGCUCAUCACCGAGAUCAUCCCGUCCACCUCGCUGGUCAUCCCGCUCAUCGGCGAGUACCUGCUCUUCACCAUGAUCUUCGUCACAUUGUCCAUCGUCAUCACUGUCUUCGUGCUCAACGUGCACCACCGCUCACCACGCACACACAGCAUGCCCGCCUGGGUGCGCAGGGUCUUCCUGGACAUUGUGCCCCGCCUUCUCUUCAUGAAGCGGCCAUCUGUGGUCAAGGACAACUGCCGGCUGCUCAUUGAGUCCAUGCACAAGGUAGCCAAUGCCCCGCGAUUCUGGCCGGAGCCCGAAGGGGAGCCCAGCAUCCUAAGUGGUGUGCACAGCCAGGGACCGUCACCUGCCCUGUCCUUCUGUGUCCCCCUGGACACACCCGAACCCCAGCCUGCCUGCAAGUCACCCUCCAGCCAGGUUCCUGCUCCACAGCCCUUGGAGGCCGAGAAGGCCAGCCCACGCCCCUCGCCAGGUCCCUGUCGCCCACUCAACAGCCCUGGGGCCCCAAGGCUCACCAAAGCCAGGUCCUUGAGUGUCCAGCACAUGUCCAGCUCCCACGAAGCAGAAGAGGGUGGCAUCCGGUGCCGGUCUCGGAGCAUCCAAUACUGUGUUCCCCAAGAUGGUGCGGCCUCCCAGGCUGAUGGCCAGAUGGCUGGCUCCCUGUCCUCCCUGAAGGCCCACUCAGCCGAGCUCCCACCUCCAGACCACCUCUCUCCAUGCAAAUGUACAUGCAAGAAGGAUCCCUCUGUGGUGUCCCCAGUCACUGUGCUCAAGGCCCGCAGCACUGCAGUGCCACCCCGGCACCUGCCCCUGUCACCAGCCCUGACUCGGGCAGUGGAGGGCGUCCAGUACAUUGCUGACCACCUGAAGGCAGAAGACACAGAUUUCUCGGUGAGGGAGGACUGGAAGUACGUGGCCAUGGUCAUCGAUCGCAUCUUCCUUUGGAUGUUCAUCAUCGUCUGCCUGCUGGGCACCGUGGGCCUCUUCUUGCCACCCUGGCUGGCCGGCAUGAUCUAGGGACAGAGCCAGCAAGGCCCAGGCUCCUGCAGGACGUGUAGGGCUGGGCCUGCUCCUCCCUGGUCCUCCCACUCUAUGGGGCUAUGCUGCUGGUCACUUGUCCCCCAACUCCUGUCCCUUCUGUCAGAUGGCUUGGAGACAUGGCCCCUGGGGAGUCAGAAGCCUGGGUGCUGGUUUUGGUCAGGUGGUCCUGGGGCAGGGGCUGGAAUGUGGUUGUUCCAUCCACAGGGUGGUGUCACGGGCAGAGCUCUAUGAAUGCAUCCCCAGCACAGGUGACCUGGAAGCCUCCUGAUCUGCAGAUGGCCAGGUGUGUCUGCGUCUCAGCAGUGGCAGCCAUCCCACCUGUCCCACAGGGCCAUGAGGCUUUGUCCCCUUUCAGCCCCAAGUGGCCCCAGGCCUGUGAGACCUGGCAUUCAGGCAUCCCCCCCCCUGCACCUUCCCUGGCCACUCCCUGUCCCCCAGGACCCAGGCCUGCUCACCUGCCAGUCCAGGCAGAGCAGACGCUCUGGUCUCGUGCCCAUAGAGGCCCAGCUGGCUGCACUGUGCUGGUCUGUGAGUUAGGGAGAACCCAGCACCAUGCUGAGAGGUCUCGCAGAGGCACCGCGUGCACAGUUCCACUAGAGGGGUAUCAGGUGCGGCCCCCACAGUGAGGCCCCUGGCCAGGAAUCCAGCCAUCCCCCUGCCAGGUCAUAGGGUCUAGUGAGUGUCCCAAGGACCCAGCAAGGCCCAACCCUAGAAGGCACUUGUGUUGGGGGAUUUUCCAGAACCAUGAGGAGACCUCGCAGCGUCCAGGCCCCUGGUCCCGGCCCCGGGUUCUUCCCCAGUACCCUGAGGUUUCUGUCUCUGCACAGCCCAGGAGGCCCUCUGAGACCUACAGACUCUAGGAGGGGCUUCCUGUCAUAGUUGCUGUGGCGAGGCUACCCCAAGCACAGCUCACCCUGAAACUGGACCCUUGGCUGGUGGGUCCAGGAGAAAGGCCCUGAGCCAUGCAGUGGGGAUGGCCUCCCUGGGCUCCCUGAGAGGCUGGGGCCUUCUAGCUGGUUCUCUGAGGUCAUAGGCCAAGUAGGACCUAACCAGCUGUCCACCUUGCCCCAGAGGUGGUGGGGGAGCUGAGGCUUGCUCCCCCCAGGUAGCACCAGGUGGCCCGGGGUUCACCUCUUGGUGAGGGGAAGAGGCACUCACGGCGACCACAUGUAUCCCCUACAGCUGAGCCAUCCUGGUCCCCACUCCAGCCAUGGCCUUGCCAGUGGGCAGCCCUGUUCCCACUAGCGCCCUCAGCCAUCUUGUCUCUGGGUCUCAGAGCUGUGUCCCUGGAGUGUCCUGGGGGAGGUGCCUGAGGACUGAGGGAGCAUCGGGGGGCCCCUAGGGCCACACAGCAGGUCUAGCAGACACAGCUGCUGCCACAGUGGCGUUUUCUGGUCCUAGCUGAAAGCUGGGAGAGUGACAUCAGGAUGAGGGACGUGGCAUCACCCACCCCCACCCACAGGCAAACCUGCAGGGCUGAGCACAGGGCUGUCAGUCACCCCUGCCAGUGCCUGUGGAGGGGACCUCAGUGGAAGAUCCCAGGUUGUGGGCCCAGGAGUGGAUGCAGAGGCCUGAGUGCCAUCUUAGGCAUCCCAGGCCACCGGUGUCCCAGGCAUGAGGACCCCACCUGGCAACCUGGGUCUGCACUGGUUCCGUGGGCUGUCUUAUUCUCUUAUGCCUUCACAUCCUCAGCUGGAGCCCAGGAUGUUGGGAGAGACCCAGGUCGCCGAGCUCGCACAGGGACUGGGGGCCCGGCCUUGGAGGAGGGUGGCGGGUGCAGAGCUCAGGGCCUCAGGACAUGGUUACAUAAGCGGAUCCAGCUGCCAGAUGUGAGGGCAGCUGCAGAGCCCCUGGGCAGGGCAGCUGUGGAUGCUCUUUUCUGGGACAGGAGAGGGGAGCGUCUGGGACACUCCUGCCAGGACAACCCUUCUGCCACCAGAGAAUCCGGGAGAGAAAAGAGCAGUCCUGUCCCCACAGAGCCGACCGUGACACUGCGCGCAUUUGUCUGCAGUGUUGACUUGUGACUGAGGUGAAGUCUGCCCGUGGCAAGUGCAUGGUCCCAGGCCUUCAAGUCACUCAGCUUUAAGGAAUGGGACGGCGCCACCCCAGACCCUCGAUGGGCAUCACCACCAGGUCCUGCCCUCCCUGGGCAGCGGGCUCCUGCCUGCCCGCCAGAGUCUGUGCUCCCAGAUGCUGUGGCAGGGGCCACGCCCUGACUGGCUUCUCUGCCCGGCGUGGGAUGAAGGGGUCGUGGGGUGUCCUUGCCCACUGCUGUGGUGUGUGUGGGUUCUUAGUCGCGGAGCCUCUUCUGU